GAGGCCUGUAGGAGAGUGGAAGGGAGGUCUGGUGACAAUUCCCAAGCCUCCCCCCCAGGAUGACAUCAGCUUCUAAAAUCCUUAGUCAUGACUGGGACAGGGUGGCAGCUCCAAAUCUCCUCCCUAUUUAAAAAAACCAGGCCUGAUUUUGUUCACUCACUCAACAUAUAUAUAUAUAUAUUGAACUAAUAUAUGGCAGAUACAGCAGUAGGCAUAUGAUACAAAGAUGUCAAAGGCAAGGUCCCCAUCCUCCAGGAGCUUUCUGGUCUUAGUGGGGGACACAGUCAAUAAGUAAGCAAGGUCCUAUCCAAGAAUGACAAGUGCUUUCAGGGAAUAAGGGGUAAUAAUGGAACAGAAAGUGACUGGGGUGGGGAACCUAGGAAGGAGGGGCAGAGAGAGAGAGGGAGACAUAGAAUCCCAAGCAGGUCUCGUGCUUGGGUCAACACAGAGCCCCAUGUGGGGCUCCAUCUCACGAACGUCAAGAUCAUGACCUGAGCCCAAAUCAAGAGUCAGAUGCUUAACCCACUGAGCCACCAGGCACCCCUGUAGUUUUUACUUUUAGAGGCACAUUUGGUGAGCUUUCGGGAUCCUUCCAACUCCUGCAGCCUGUGGUUCAGGGAAGGGAACUUCUCACAGGUAUAUGAAAGGCCAGGGUAGAUAGAGGAGCCAAACUGUUUCUGGUCAGGUGGCAGGAUGUAGAAAGUGAGUGGGUGUACUGUGUUAGCUCAAGGCAGGGGGUGGAGGGAGGGGCACACAUAGCUCGCCCAGGGGCCUGCCUCUCGUGGCUGUGGUAACUUCUAAAACUGAUCUCGGACAUGCCCUCCUUCAUCCCAGGGCUCACACCCUCUCAUUUCAUUUCACCUGUUGUGAAGAGGGGUGCAGGGUUAGCACCCUAGACUAGGCCCAUCUCUUGCUUUGGGGACCUAUCAAACAGUUGGUCUGAACAACCCCCCCCCCCCCCCCCCCCCGGGCAUAUUUUAUGAUCCUAGGUCUUGGUUGCCUGCAUCUCCACACCCCCAGCCCAUCCGUCUGUCCUAGGUGUGGUGGGGAGUUCUUCAUGCUGUGGGCGCUGGCUGGGGCCUGCUUGCCAACUGACCCCCUGGGAACGUGGGGUUUUAAAAGAGAGGCAGCUGCGCAGUAGGAACACCCACUUAAACACAGAGGACACAGGAGCCGUGGGUCGGGCCUGUCUUCAGUGUUUUCAGCCUGAGUGGUGAGAAUCAAGGUUCCCCAGAGAGCAGGAAAAAUCAAGAAACCUGGUGUGUUUGCCUCCAACUUUUUUUCAACCCCUCCUCACUUCCUGCGCUGUAGGUCCCGCCUCCCCUGGCCUCAGUUUCCCUAUCUAUUCCAUCUAUUCAACGCCCCCUGGGAUUUCUUUGGGAGUAGAGAAAGGUGAGUUUGAAAAGCAGCCCUGCCUACUCUCCUCUCCUCGCCCCUGCAGCGCCGGAUUUCCGAUUUCCUGUGCCGCACGUGCGGUCCUGCGCCUCAGGAGUGCCCUCGCCGGCCGGUGGCCCGGCAGAUGGUCGGGGUGUCGCCGUCAGCAGAGGAGGAAGAGGGCGAGGUGGUAGCAAGGUCGUGGCCCGGCGCCGCCCCCGUCCCCAUUCCCACCCCCACCCCACCCCCACCCCCCGGGCCCCGGCCGCGGCUUCCGCAGCCUCGCCCGCAGCGGCCGGUGCCCCCGCGCGCUCCUCGCCCUGCACGCCCGGCCGGCGACCCCGCUGCUUGGAGUCGCGCCCUCGGGAACCGCAGUGCCGAGCCUCCUAGGACCCGCGGGGAGCAGCGGCGAGAGGCGACUCCCAUGCGGCACCCGAGCGGAGGCCCUGGCCGCAGGCGCAGGUGAGGCAGCGCCAUGGGGCAGGCGGGCUGCAAGGGGCUCUCCCAGUCGCUGUUGGACUACAAGACCGAGAAAUAUGUCAUCGCCAAGAACAAGAAGGUGGGUGUUCCUGGUGAAGAAGGGUUACCAAGACACCGACACCUCCCUGCAGAGCAGUAUCAUCACGAAAGUCAAGGGCGUGACCUUCACCAACACCUCUGAGCUCGGAGAGCGACUUUGGGAUGUUGCGGACUACGUCAUCCCACCCCAGGGAGAGAACGUCUUCUUUGUCGUCACCAACUUGAUCGUGACCCCCAACCAGCAGCAGAAAACCUGUGCUGAGAGUGAAAGCAUUCCGGAUGCCUUGUGUUACAGAGACAGUGACUGCCCUCCUGGGGAGCCCGUUGUGGCUGGAAAUGGAGUGCGGACUGGCCGCUGCCUUCGGGUGGGGAACAUGCAAAGGGGCACCUGCGAGAUCUUCGCCUGGUGCCCAGUGGAGACAAAGUCCAGGCCAGCGAAGCCACUCCUGGGCAAGGCUGAAGACUUCACCAUUUACAUAAAGAACUUCAUCCGUUUCCCCAAAUUCAACUUCUCCAAGACCAAUGUGCUGGACACCAAAGACAAGGCUUUCCUGAAGUCCUGUCACUUUGGCCCCGAGAACCCCUACUGCCCCAUCUUCCGACUGGGGUCUGUGGUCAGCUGGACGGGGAGCAACUUCCAGGAGAUAGCCCUGCAGGGUGGUGUGAUAGGAAUUCAGAUUGAAUGGGAUUGUGAUCUUGAUAAAGCUCCUUCUGAAUGCAACCCUCGCUAUUCUUUUAGCCGUCUGGACAACAGAUUUUCAGAAAACUCAAUCUCCUCUGGGUAUAACUUCAGGUUUGCCAAAUAUUACCGAGAUGGAGCUGGAGUGGAGUUCCGCACCCUCAUGAAGGCCUAUGGGAUCCGCUUUGAUGUGAUGGUGAAUGGCAAGGCAGGGAAGUUCAACAUCAUCCCCACAAUCAUCAACAUUGGCUCUGGGGUGGCACUCAUGGGUGCUGGGGCUUUCUUCUGUGACUUGGUACUUAUCUACUUAAUCAAGAAGAGCCACUUUUACCGAGACAAGAAGUACGAGGAAGUGAGCGUCCUACGGGUCCUGGCUGAGUCCUCGCAACAGGACGGGACCCCAGAGGCAGAGGAGGCGGCGGCGGGGCCUGGGUUGGCCGAGCAGCCGGAGGCACAACACGGAGGCGGCAGCCAGAAGGAGAAUGGCUGCCCGCCAGGUCUGGCCACCCGGGGAAUGGAAAGGUGAAUGUGGAACAGCUACAGAACCUGCAGACAGCGGAGGCAUAGCCAGAGGUGUUCGCUGAGAGCAGAUUUGGUGAAGAUGUUGCGGCAGAACCGCCUGCAGCUCUGAACUGAAAACUCUUUGUGUUUGCGUGGGACAGGUGUUUCCGGUCACAGCCAUCUCUUCUGCACCUUGGGAUCUUACUACAAGCUUUUCGUUGUGUGUCAGGGGAGGGAAGCCUCCUAGUGGCCAUUGUGGCUCGGAUCUAGAAGAGGAGGACUUGGAGAGGGAAGUGGGGAAGGCCAGGGGCCUGAGUGGUACUCGAGUGUUGUCAUUUUUCCGAGAACUCCGUUCAUUCAUUCAUUCACACAGUGAAUGCUAUGUGCUGUGGGCUGUGCCCUAUCCAAGAGAUGCUUAAAUGAGAUGCUGACCUGGCCCCCGGGUGCGGGGAGCACACGUGUAAUUCCUUCCAGAGCCAACAGACGUCACAGCCCGGCUCAGCCACUCUGGCCUUCCUCCAGCCUCUAGCUGAGACUUUCACAAAUCCCUGUUGAGAAUGAUGGCUCCUCAGAGAAAGACUUUGGCCGGCAUCCAAGGGGACGUUUGGCCUUGCCCUCAGGGAUAAAAUAAUAGGUGGCCAAGGAAGCAACCAGGGAAGGCCUGGGCCUGGAAAGAGGCAGCUAGCCCUUGAGGGGAGAGGCAGCCUCUGAGGGUUUCCAGGUAAGGUGAGGAAGGGGAGGCAGGGAGGCUUCUGCUCCAGUCCUCCUGCCUAGCCUCAGGAAGCUCUGGGCAUAGUGUCUCCCCCAAACGGGAGACCAGCUGCCUGUGUCGUUUCUCCCUUGCAGUUCUGUGCGGCUGAGUGUCCCUACCCGGCUUCCCGGCUUCCCUCGCUUUCUCCUCAUAGGCGGGGUCUGAAGGGCUAAGGAGAUAAGAAUAGGUGGAGCUCACUUGGCAGGUGGAAGCAGUUGUUAACAGGGAGGCCCUCGCUCCUCACCCCAGCCUCUCUCCCUACCCUCCUCCUUCCCAGCCCCACACUGCUGAACUAUGCUGCUUCCCCCAUUUAGUGGCUGCAGAGCCUCGCUACUCACUCAGAGGUGUGGCCUGUGGACCAGCAGCAACAGCAUCACCUGGGAGCUUGUUGGAACGGCAGUCUCUGCCCCCUCCGUCGUCCUCCGAAAUCAGAACCUGUGUUUCAACAAGACUUCGGGUGAUUUGUACGAACGUUCACGUGUGAGAGCACUGGUUAAGGAGAUACGCAGCGCCUGGUUCUGAGGGAGGAGAAGGCCAGCUUUGGCAGCCGCUGCGGAUUUCAGGUCAGACUUACACACAUUCUACUUUGAGAGCAAGAGGAUUCCACCCCACCCCCACCCCCGGGAAGGUGACAUUAUGCUCAAUGCAUUUAAAGUAAAAUAUUUUGACUAGAUAAUACUUAUAUGAUUCAAAAACCAAACAAAAGGUACAAAAGAAUAGACAGUGAAAAGCCUGCCUCCCACCCCUGUUCCCCAAGGCGACGUUACUGAUGCCAAGAGGCUCUACUGUUUUGCGGAGAACCUGCUUGGUUGCUUGUGCCCUCGCUCAGGAAAUGAACUUUUCCUGAUGGCUGCAACGUCCCAUUAAGUCUCCUCUGUCAGGAAGGGACACGAUGGAAUACAGUGAAGUACCGGGCUAGCUCCCUUCUCCCUCUCCCACUGUCUGAGGAGUCCUCGUGUAAACCCAAGGGGAGCGACCUAUAGCUCAUCACUAACUGUUGUCUGGUCUGCUCGGUAGCAAAGGCCUGUGCGGCUGCCUGUGGCUCAGCAAGCUCCAUGGUUGGUUUGCACAGCUCCCCGGAUGCGAAGGAGUGUCCUCUUUGGAAGUGCUGUCUCUGGGCCUCCCUCAGGCCAGAAGGGUUUGGUUCUCCUCUGCACACAGAGGAGGCGGGAAGCAUCCUUCCACCGACCGGGGUCUUUGGAGAGGGACAGAGGGGCUCGCAAAAGGCUUUGCCACUGGAGCAGGGCAUGGUCCCCGAAACGGGAAGCUUGCUCUUUCUGGAUCAAGUGGCUCCUUCACUCUGGACUGGUAACCUGUCAACAACCCACCUGCUCUCUGAAUAGAAAGUGAAAAAUCUGGGUGAUCUACUAUGGUGUUUCAUUUCCUCGCUAAAGCAAACCCUAGGAUUUGAUAUACUUUUACAUUUGGGAGGAAGCAGAAAGGGCAGGGGUCAUGACUGCUUAGGAGUUGGUCUGGUUUCUUUUAGCCUGUUUUUGGAAUUGCUUUGCGGCAGCCAUAUAACCUGGGGGAAAUUGUACUAUUCGUUUUACACUGGAAUGAAAAUGUCUCCCUACAGUUUUCAUUCAGUUGGUAAAUAUUUAUUGAGUACCUGUUGUCAGGUGAUGGACUAAAUCUGGUAACAGUUGUGAGAAACACAGAAACUGUCUCUGCCCAAGUGCUUACAGUCUAGGAGGUGAGCCUUAAUCAGUGGUCACACAUAGAGUCACAGACUGAAUUUUCAGUGGAGUAGCCAGAGGUUUCCCCCAGGACGUGACAUAUAAGCCAAAAUCUGAAAGCAGUCUAGUUGAUGGGGGAAGCAUUCCAGGUAAGGGAACCACAUGUGUAAAAUAAAUGCUUUGACAUGAGGAGUAAUUGAGGAGCUGGAUGGAGAUAGUGUGACUGAAGCUGGUUUUAUGAGGCUUUCUUUCCAUCAACUCUCUUUAAUCUUAAGGGCUGCCCCAUUAAACUUCACUGCCACAGAGGACCUAACCUAAUGGUUUCAAGUCCAGCCAAGCUUUCCAGGUGGCCUCCCCUACAUGUCAUGGGUCUUGUGCUCAGAAAAGCCGGUGACCCCAUUACAGCUUCUGGAUAGUGUUGCACACUGCCAGUUUCCUUGCUUUUGCACAGCUCCCCACUACCCCCUCUUUCUUUGCAUAAUCUUGAUGCAUGAAUGGGAGGUUCAUAAAUCUUACAAAAACUGGCUUUGAAAUGGCAAGUGAAGUGGGAACUCGAGCUCCUUUUGGGAGAGUCCCUUUCUCUCAGGACACCAGUUGCCUCACCAGGUAGAUGAGCACGCCAGCCUCUAUAGAGCUCCUGUCCGUGCUGACAUUACAGGAUCACCUGAACCGUCGCUUAUGCUUACAUUCAGGCCGUGGCCUAAAGCCAUCUACCUAGUAGUUUCCUAAUGAUUAAUUCCAUGCCUUGGGAGUGCCAUGAUGCUGGCUAACGGGAUUUGGAAACUGGGUGCUACCAACGUGCCAUCAAGAGGACCAGCCAUGAAAGAGCUAAGCGCCCUCUACUCCUGAUGCAGGGGUCACCAGGACUGACCAGUCAUGGCUGCCUUUUUGCCACCAUCCCAUCAGCUCUUUCUCCGUGGCUUGCUGCCCUACUGGGGGACCAGUUGUAAAGGGGGAACAUGACUUCCUCCAGGUGUCUAAGCACCCCAGCUAUGGACGACAGUGCCCUGCAGAGUCCCUAAAUCACCCCACUUGGAAUCGCAUCUUGCAUGUCCGGAAAAGGGCUCCACCUGGUUGCUACCCACCCCCUCCACCCAAAUGACUCAACUUUUCUCAGAGCACACCCUCCAGUGGACCCAAGAGCACCGUCUCCAAAAGGCACACCUUUCUCCCAGCUCUUUGUUUCCCCUUAGGCCAGUGCACAGAAUUAAAGGAGGAAAGAUGGCAGCCAAUAUCUGAGACCUGCCCCAUAAAUGUAUUCUGAUAUUUUUAUUUGGUUAUAAAACAAUAAAAAGUUUUAAUUGUAAA